UAUGUCACGGAGCUGUCAUUAAAAAUAUAUGGAUACAGUUAUUUCACUGGAAAUCACAUAAUUGUACUAAACCGAGUUAAAAACAAUACUGAUUGAGUUUGUGCAAUGAUUUGUAUAAGUAUAAAGUGAACAGUGGUUGUGAUUUAAUUGCUACUAAGGGUGCAUUUGGAGGCUUAGGUUUCUAAAAUCAGUAAAGAUUGACACUGUGUGGGGUUGGGCUUCGCCGCCCUUAAGGCUGCAGCUAACUAGUAGUCUCAGAGGGGGGCCUUGCAGAAUGGGUGGUGAAGUUGGUGAGAGGCCCCCCUCGCCGGCGAGGCUCUCACACACUUCAGACAAGCAUCCCAAGAAUACGUUGACUGAAUUAAAUCUAUUGAGAAGACAUAGAGAAUUAUGUGAUGUUGUCCUCAAUGUUGGUACAAGAAAAAUAUUUGCUCAUCGGGUUAUACUUAGUGCAUGCAGUCCAUACUUCAGGGCAAUGUUUACUGGUGAAUUAGCUGAAUCCCGUCAGACUGAAGUAACAAUUCGCGACAUUGAUGAAUUGGCAAUGGACCUGCUGAUAGACUUUUGCUACACCUCGCAUAUUGUGGUUGAAGAAUCAAAUGUACAAACACUUUUACCUGCAGCAUGUCUGCUUCAAUUAACCGAAAUACAAGACAUAUGUUGCGAGUUUCUGAAACGCCAACUCGAUCCAUCUAACUGCUUAGGGAUCAGAGCUUUUGCUGAUACACAUUCGUGUCGCGAGUUAUUACGUAUCGCCGAUAAGUUUACGCAACAUAAUUUCCAGGAAGUAAUGGAAAGUGAGGAGUUUCUUCUGUUGCCAGUUGGACAGUUAGUUGAUAUAAUAUCAAGUGAUGAACUGAAUGUUCGUACAGAGGAACAAGUCUUUAACGCUGUUAUGUCCUGGGUUAAGUAUAAUGUUUCCGAUAGAAGGCAGCAUUUACCGCAGGUCCUUCAACACGUUAGACUUCCACUGUUGAGUCCCAAGUUUUUAGUAGGUACAGUUGGGUCUGAUCUAUUAGUACGGUCAGACGAUUCCUGUCGCGAUCUUGUGGAUGAAGCCAAAAACUAUUUACUUUUACCGCAAGAACGACCUUUGAUGCAAGGUCCGCGAACGCGACCCAGGAAACCGACGAGGCGAGGAGAAGUUCUAUUUGCUGUCGGCGGCUGGUGCAGUGGUGAUGCUAUUGCUUCCGUAGAAAAAUUCGAUCCACAGACCAUGGAGUGGAAAAUGGUUGCACCUAUGAGCAAAAGACGCUGCGGAGUUGGUGUUGCUGUUCUUAAUGAUCUCCUGUACGCCGUUGGCGGGCACGACGGACAAAGCUAUUUAAAUAGCAUUGAAAGAUACGAUCCACAAACAGAUCAAUGGUCUUGUGAUGUAGCUCCAACUACUUCGUGCAGAACCAGCGUUGGUGUUGCUGUUUUAGAUAAUUUGCUUUAUGCGGUUGGAGGUCAAGAUGGCGUUCAAUGUCUUAAUCAUGUAGAGAGAUACGAUCCAAAGGAAAAUAAAUGGAGCAAAGUUGCACCAAUGACAACCAGACGUUUGGGUGUGGCUGUAGCUGUUCUAGGUGGUUACCUAUAUGCCAUUGGUGGAUCUGACGGUCAAUCGCCUCUCAAUACGGUGGAGCGUUAUGAUCCAAGAAGUAAUAAAUGGUCACCGGUUGCUCCGAUGUCCACGAGAAGGAAGCAUUUAGGGUGUGCAGUCUUCAAUAAUCUUAUAUACGCAGUAGGAGGUAGAGACGACUGCAUGGAGUUAAGCAGCGCUGAACGUUAUAAUCCUCAUACGAAUAGCUGGAGUCCAAUUGUUGCAAUGACUUCUAGAAGAAGUGGAGUUGGACUAGCUGUCGUUAAUGGUCAACUGUAUGCAGUCGGCGGUUUCGAUGGCACUGCUUAUUUGAAGACAAUAGAGGUAUAUGACACUGAACAGAAUCAGUGGCGAUUGUGCGGAGCGAUGAAUUACCGAAGAUUGGGAGGCGGAGUCGGUGUUAUGAGGGCUCCGCAGACGGAAAAUCGGGUUUGGUAGCUAAACCCGAACGCCCCUACUUUACAGUCACUUAAGCGCGAUGUUGUCACUGUCACCUAUUCCGGUUCUUUGAAUACGAGACCGUUUAGGGGCAAGGACGAUCUAGCGUAAACUUUUCUUUCUUUUUCAUCAUCAUUUUUUUUUUUUAAUUAUUUGUUAAUUGUAAAUAUAUUUUUUUAUUAC